AUGGGUAAAGCGGAAUUCGGUACACCCAAAUACUUCUCAAAUCAAAUGAAGGCCAGGGGUCUUCAAAAGCUAAAAUUUUAUUGUCAAAUAUGUGAAAAACAAUGUAGAGAUGAUAAUGGGUUCAAAAGUCAUACAAGAAGUGAAAGUCAUCUCAAGAGAAUAAAACAAGUUGAUUCAAGCGUUAUUGAUGAUUUUUCAAAACAAUUUCAAAGUCAGUUCUUAGCAAAUUUACGUUCGCAUCAUGGUGAUAAAUCUAUAAAUGCCAAUCGUUUCUAUAAUCAACUUAUUCAACAAAAGGAUCAUAUACAUUUAAACUCAACUAAAUGGUCUUCAUUGUCACAGUUCUUGCAGGAUAUAGGUAAACAGGGCCUCAUAAAUGUCAACGUGGUUGAUGAAAGUGAUCAAAGUUUGAAUGGUGUUGAUAUAUCAUACGUAAAUAACUCGAGUGAUGAAAUUACUAGACAAAAUAAUUUGAAAAAACAUUCAGAAGAUGAAAAAGCAGAGGAACAUCUAUCGAUGAAACUGCUGAAGGAUCAAAUAAAAAAAGGUGAAGAACUACGUAGUAAAGAAGAAGAGGAAGAUAACCCAGAAGAUAAACAUUUCACAAGAUCAAAAGAUGAUGCACCUAUAAAGAUAAGUAUUGGUGCUAAAAAGGAUCAACCCGCCACCAACAUACCCAAAAGAACUAACGCUUUCAAAGUAAGUAAACCUAAACAAGGUGCUAAUCCACUAAAAAAGAACGUAUUAAAAUAG